CUGAUAUGAAGUAACAGAUUUACGAACGCGAUUUGUGAGUAAAUUAGUUUGGUAUUGAAAUUGACACACAUUUGUAUCAACACGUCUGGUUCAUGAAAUUGUACCACAAAAUUCUCAGUGAUGUUCCAAAAGCUAAAAAAAGUUCUGGUUAUAUAUGUGGGAGGUACUAUUGGGAUGCAGAAGAAUGACGAUGGAGUUUAUUCUCCGGUCGCCAAUACUUUCUUGCACAAAGUCAAAUAUCACUCAGAGAUGCAUGAUGCUGAUCUGGCAAAGCAAUACUUUCCACAUUUAAAGGAGAAUGAGUUAGUAUUACCUGUUGAUAGUAAAACAAUGAUUCUUACCAUUUACGAAAUAGUGGAAUAUGUGCCGCUGUUAGAUUCUAGUAAUAUGGGCUGCAAGGAAUGGAUCAGAAUAGCAAAAGACAUUGAGCGUUAUUAUGAAAGCUACGAUGGAUUUAUUAUAUUGCACGGGACAGACACAUUGGCGUUCACAGCGUCUGCACUUUCGUUUAUGCUAGAAGGUCUACGUAAGCCAGUCAUAGUUACAGGAUCACAAAUUCCCAUUUUUGAAACUAGGAGCGACGCUAAAGAUAAUUUUCUAUCGUCACUAAUACUAGCGAGCUAUGGAAGAGUGCCAGAAGUAUGCGUAUUUUUUGCCAGCAAGUUAUAUAGAGGCAAUAGGGUUACCAAAAUGAGUUCUGAUGAAUUGGAGGCUUUUGGUUCACCGAAUUAUAAUACUUUGGCAGAUGUUGGAAUCGACGUUAAAUGUAGGUAUACCUUUUUGGACUGAACACAGUCAGUUGAAAGUGUGACACAGUCUUACGUUUCUGGUCAAAGUAAGAAGGUACUGAAUAUUUCGUCAAAGUUAAAUGAAACGUAGCAACGACAUUGCUAUACCGCACAACGUUUUAUUCUUCCAGUAUCUAUACUCAACUGAACGAUGCAACAUUUAUGCAACAAUCAAAUUUCGAUUUUCGUCGUACUAAAGGUUAAUUUAAGUUCAUGUUUCAUAUAGGGUUUUACCGGGUUUCGUUGAUGUCUUCUAGAUUUGACUAAAAGAGACGUUUAACGAUCAUUACAUAAGGCAAGUUUCACCCACAAGAUAUUUCGCACCAAUCAUAGAUCUGAAUCCGAAUGUGGGGAUCCUGGCAUUUUUCCCGACAAUGACCUGUAAUAUGCUAGAAGCCUUUUUGCAACCUCCAGUUCAAGGAUUAGUGAUUCAAACUUACGGUGCUGGUAAUCUUCCUUCUUCUAGAAAAGAUUUGAUGGACGUUUUGAGAAAUGCAGUUAAACGAAGAAUAUUGAUUGUCAAUGUUACACAGUGUUCAAGAGGAACAGUUCAAGCCGACUAUGAAACUGGGAAGGUAUUACAGGAUAUGGGCAUAAUCUUAGGUGCAGAUAUGACCGCUGAAGCAGCUUACACAAAAUUGAUAUUCGUGUUGGGCUUACCAGAAUUGUCAUUUGAAACAAGGGUUAAGCUAAUGAAAUCAGAUUUAAGAGGAGAAAUGACUGUAAAUAGCAAGUGCUCCUGUCGAUGAAGAAAGUUAAGGAUAGACAAAAACUGAAUUGAUACCUAAAGAUUGGAUGAGGCCUGAUAGAUCGAAUUAUUUAUCGAAACUGCAUUUUAUGUAAAUAUAUUUUUUAAUAAAGCAAGAAAAUUAA